CCGCGCUCUGGCUGUUCGAAGUCAGGGAGCUUCUCGAGCCAUCGGAGCGAGCACUGAGCGAGAGGACAGGCGGAACGUAAGCUAUGGCGGUAGCAGCCUCCUGCAUCCAAGUGCUCAGCAUCGCUGGAGUCCAAGGUUUAUCUACAAAAUUCGCGCUCCGAAAAAAUAAAGACCAGCAAUCGCUGACGGCUCGCUGUGCUUUGGAGGAAUUUCCUUUCGGGGACGGCCCAAUAGAACCCACGAGACCCAAAUUCAGCCGUGACCCCCACACUGACUUGUCCUUCAUUGCUGUCAGCGACCCUGCAGCUGCUCCUCUGGAACCGAAGAAGAUCAAAAUCGGAAGGCCACGUCGGAAUCGCCCUUGGAAGAAGGCCACUCCAGCUCAGGCAAUUGUGGGAUCGAUAGUCGGCGGCUUCUGGGCAGUGUUGGCACAAAAGGCGACAACCAUAGGGUAUGAACAUCUCCAGGGCCACCCUGUAGCUCAUGAUCUGCCGAUGGGGCUCACCACCAGUGUGAACUCGCUUUUUGUCUCUGCGGUGAUCGGAUUUGGAGGAUUUGCUUCGUGUAUGUUCGGGGUGAGCAGUUUUGGCCUCGCAUUGUUGGCCCUCAAGCUUUUGACGGCACCUAAACCACCUGUACAAUGAAUGACGUCACCUGUACAGAUUUUGAUGGCGAUGUUUAUACCCUUUGCCACAACUUAAUUGUAAGAUAAUUUGGCCGAGUGCUUGUAUUUAUACUGUGCCACCCCACGAACCCCGUCGAUGCAGAAAGGCUGCUGCUGGCUUCUUCGUGCUGUUUCUUGCACUCCGCUGCUUAGAUGCUCGUUCUGGUCAUUUCAGCUUCCAUGAUUACAACAUGGUAGCUACCAGUAGGAAAAGUCCACCCAGAACUUUUGCAGCAAAAUAAAAUAUGAUUUUAGAGCAAAAAAAGCUCGUGCGUCUCACUUCCAGUCUGGAUC